AUGAAAGAUGUGACUCCUCCCCAUUCUACUCGCCAGUCUGCUCGCCGGCAUAGGAGACACCGGAAAGCCAAUCAUGCCAAGUUGGUUCUUCAAGGAAAGGUGGCCAAGCUGAAACGAAAAGCUAAGCAUUUUGAUGAGAGCUGCAAAAUUGUCCAACUUACCAUGCUCGAUUUUCUUAAUGGAGAACCCACCAAAAUGCUACAAUAUCAACUCGGUGGUGGUUUGGCCUCUCUGAGAUCUCAUACUGAUGAACUGUUCGAAGCCAUGAAGCGUGUUUCUUUGAAGGAAGACAACGAGGAAGACAACGAGGAAGGCGACGAGGCAGAGGAAGAGGAAGAGACAAAGGAAGUGACAGAGAACGAGGAGAAAUGA